AUGAACUGUGCGAUUUAUGAUCCGGCAGGAGAGUCGAAUAUCAUGGUUUAUAAAAAUCUGAAUAAAGGGACGAGUAAUGGUGGCGUCAGUAUAGUUUUGGGGACGAUUCAUUAUUCGAUUCCUGAAGAACUGCAGCAGGGCGCCUUUGUUGGGAACCUCGCAGACGAUUUUGGUUUGAAUGUAAAACAGCUUUCGACAAGAGGUGCUCGGAUCGUGUCCGGUCCCAAGAAAUCGUAUAUGGAUAUCAAUUUGAAAAAUGGACAUUUAUUUAUGAAGGAAAAAAUUGACAGAGAGCAGCUGUGUGAGUCGAGUCUGUUUUGUGUGUUAUCCUUAGAUGUUUUGCUCGAAAAUCCCCUAAAGCUGUACCAGGUUUCAGUGGAGAUCCUCGAUGUAAAUGACAAUGCUCCCAUUUUCCCCGAGAGCGUAAUGCGGCUUGAGGUCUCCGAGCUGGCUACACCGGGGUCGCGUUUCCUUCUCGAGUCCGCGCAUGAUGCGGACGCCGGGUCCAAUUCCUUGCAAACGUACAAGCUGCAUCCGAACGAAUGUUUCUUUUUGGAUGUGCAAGUGCGCAGUGGGAAUGAAAUGUUACCAGUAUUAGUGUUGCAGCGCCCCUUGGACAGAGAAAAAGAAUCGGUCCACAAAUUAGUUUUGAUAGCAGAGGAUGGCGGUAUCCCUUUAAGGUCAGGCACCCUUCAGGUUACCAUCACGGUGAAGGAUGCAAACGAUAACGUGCCUGUUUUUCCUCAGUCAGCUUAUAAAGUUAGCCUAUUAGAGUCUGCACCCAAAGGGACACUUAUUAUCAAAUUAAACGCCACUGACAUGGACGAUGGUCCCAACGGAGAGAUUAUGUACUCGUUCAGCAGCCAUAAUUCUGCCAGAGUCCGUAAAUUUCUUGAUAUUAAUUCCAAAACUGGUGAAAUUACAUUGAAAGAAAAUUUGGAUUAUGAAGUAAGUACCUCAAUGGGGAUUAGCAUACAGGCAAAGGACAUGGGCUUAAACUCAAUGGCCGUGUAUUGUGACGUGUUGCUGAAUAUUAUCGAUGUCAAUGAUAACGCACCUGAGAUAACACUCACAUCCCUAUCCAGUAACGUUUUGGAAAAUGUCCCCAAUGGGACUGUAGUAGUUCUCUUCAGCGUAACAGACAAGGACUCGGGACAAAACGGGCAAGUACAGUGUCAAAUUUCAAGCAAACUGCCCUUUCGACUCGAUUCAUCUUUGACGAAUUAUUACGGGAUGCUUAUUAGCCAACCGUUGGAUCGCGAAAGCGCCUCCAGGUAUAAUAUUACAAUAACAUGUACCGAUGCCGGAAUCCUUCCUCUCACAUCUCAGGAAACCAUUAGUUUGGAGGUUUCAGAUGUAAAUGAUAAUGCGCCAAGAUUUACGCAACCCGCGUACACCGCGAGUGUCAUGGAGAAUAAUGUGAUUGGUGCUUCUAUAUUCCAUUUAAGUGCUGUCGAUCCAGACGUAGGGCAAAAUUCCAGACUGAAAUUUUCUAUUUUAGAGUCUCAAUAUCGGAACCCCCAAGAAAGUUCUUAUGUCUCUGUUAAUUCAGAUAGUGGCGUCAUAUUUGCUCAGAGAUCGUUUGACUACGAACAGCUGAAGAAGUUCCAGAUCCAGGUUCAGGUGCUGGAUUCUGGAGUCCCACCACUAAGCAGCAACGUUUCAGUGGACAUUGUUAUCCUCGAUCAGAAUGACAAUGCCCCAGUGAUUGUGAAUCCUCUGCCCGAAUACAGAAUAGAAACAAUAUCUCUGUUCUCAGAACCAGGAACACUCGUUUCCAAGAUAUCAGCCACUGAUGCUGACAGUGGUCAAAAUGCCUUUCUGUAUUUCCAGAUUUUUCAAGCCACCCAUCAUGAUCUUUUUACUAUUUCACCAGAGUCUGGUGAAAUUUGGACUAUACGCCGGAUCACAAGCAAGGAUGCCCUUAAUCAACGACUAGUCAUUGUGGUCAAAGAUAAUGGAACUCCUUCACUUUCAUCUUCUGUGACCAUAGCAUUAACUGUAGUCGGGGCUGACAGUGAAAAGUUCUCGAGUGCCAAUGGUUUACCUAACAAUCUAGGGUUCACACACGAUCUUGGUUUUUCUUUGGUCAUAACGUUUGGGAUAACAUCUACAAUUUUCUUUGUUAUUUUACUUAUCCUUGCUGUUAAGGUUUAUAGAAACAGGCAAGGAUCUGGAGGACAUCACUGUUCCUGUUGCUGCCUUGGAUCAAGAAAUUCUCUGAAUGGAAUUCAAAAGGCCAGUCGAAGCCUACAGAUACCUCCAAAUUACGUAGAGGUAUUCGGGGGCGACCCACUCUCUCAACGUUUUCGUUACGAGUCCUGUUCAACUUUGCCGUCGACGGAUGUCAAGGCAUGUGGGAAAUCCACAGGCAAUGAUUAUCUACAAAAUGAGGCUUUCAGGAAACAAAAGCCUGAACGUGUGAAUAUAGACAAUUACAGCAGCACUAUAAAUAACGAGAAACGUUCAGUGCAGGGAUUGGCUGAACGUAAGGGACUCCAUCCGCCAAUCAAAAGCAGCGAUGUUACUGGCGAUCUUGACUGCCCCCUUCCCUCCCGGUCCACCAUCACAGACGAUCAGAUGCAGUUGAAACCUGAAUGGCGGACUGCCGAGAGCUUGCUUGGUUUAUUCCGCUACCCGUGA